AAUCAGUGGUUCCUUCCUGCCGUCAGGGGAGAUAUUCCUCCAGGCUGCGCAGCACAUGGAUUUGUUUGUGAUGGUACCAGAAUACUAGUUUUUGGAGGAAUGGUCGAAUAUGGAAGAUACAGUAAUGAUUUAUAUGAAUUACAGGCAAGUCGAUGGCUCUGGAAAAAAGUAAAACCUCAAGCUCCUUCCACUGGAUCACCACCUUGUCCUCGGCUUGGCCACAGCUUUUCUUUAUAUGGUAACAAGUGCUAUUUAUUUGGUGGCCUGGCAAAUGAAAGUGAGGAUUCCAAUAAUAAUGUUCCCAGAUAUUUAAAUGAUUUCUAUGAACUGGAGCUGCAACACGGUUCUGGAGUUGUUGGCUGGAGUAUUCCUGUAACCAAAGGGAUCUUGCCAUCUCCCCGAGAAUCUCACACAGCCAUCGUAUACUGCAGAAAAGAUUUAGGAAGUCCAAAGAUUUAUAUUUUUGGAGGGAUGUGUGGCUGUCGGCUGAAUGAUCUCUGGGAACUUGACAUAGAAACCAUGACCUGGUCAAGACCAGAAACUAAAGGGACAGUGCCACUUCCUCGCAGUCUUCAUACAGCCAAUGUAAUAGGAAACAAAAUGUAUGUUUUUGGUGGAUGGGUUCCACAGUCAGCAGGAGGUGAAAUUUCUGCUCAUGAUGGUGAAUGGAAAUGUACUGGUUCAUUUUCUUAUCUUAAUUUGGAUACCACAGAAUGGAUAGGUCUGAUCUCAGAUUGCCAGGAGGACAAAAGUAACUUGUUACCAGGGCCAAGAGCAGGACACUGUGCUGUAGCAGUUGGCACUCGUCUAUAUAUCUGGAGUGGUAGAGAUGGUUACAGAAAAGCUUGGAACAAUCAAGUUUGCUGCAAAGAUCUUUGGUACCUUGAUACUGAGAGACCUCCAGCACCAUCACAGGUACAGCUGAUUAGAGCUACAACCAACUCUUUUCAAGUGAAGUGGGAUGAAGUACCUACAGUUGAAGGAUAUCUCCUUCAAUUACAUGCUGACUCACCAGUGCCAUCAGUGGCUGGAAUACCUGGUACUGGGGUUCCAGAGACAUCAGUGCCGAGUUUGCAAGGUGGCUCUUCUCUAUGUCAAAGUCCUCAAUCAUUGCCUAAUGUCCCUUGUCCAGAAAUGAAGGUGGAUCAUCCCAGCCAAACAAAUAAUGUCAUUCCCAAUAAUGUCCAAGUUUCCCUUUCAUCCAACUCAUUAUUAAAAGUAGAAGGAAAAGAAAAGGUUGCAGCCUCUGAAAACAAGAUUACUCAGGAGACUAUGAAAAACCAUGCAGAUGAGACAGGAUUCAAAGAAUCAAAUGCCUCUUCUCUUCUGCCUGUUUGUACUUCAAGUUCUCAGACUUCAGCAAAUGUAGGUGAAUUACAUGACUUGGACAAACGAACUGUAAAUCCUGAUGCUUCUGUAUCCAGUACUGUCUCCAGCACGCAAACUAUGGUAACCCAGCAGGCUGUUAAAACUGAAUCAUCAAGUACAAAUGGGGCAGUUAUUAAAGAUGAAACUUCACUAACAACAUUCAAUUCAAAAUCUGAAGCUGCUGAAACUGCUUGUGUUAUGCCUUCAACAAGGGUCAGUAUCGGACAGACAAAUGAUCCACAUUCCUCUAAAACUCCACAAAGACCAAUGGCACCAGUGAAAACAAGAGACCGGCAGUGGUAUGAUGUUGGAAUUUUUAAGAACAACAGUGCUGUGGUUAGCCAGUUCUACUUACUGCCAGAGGAAAUGCUGAGCCUCUCUAACAAGAUGGAAAGUGCAGAUGUACCAGACUACAGGUUACUUAAGAAACAGGAUCUUUUUCCAGGCACAGUGUAUAGGUUCAGAGUUGCUGCAAUUAAUGGAUGUGGUGUUGGACCUUUCAGUAAAGUCAGUGAAUUCAAAACUUGCAUUCCGGGUUUUCCUGGAGCUCCUUCAACAGUCAAAAUUACCAAGAGUGUAGACUGUAUUCAUCUUUCUUGGGAGCCUCCUGCUUCACCCUCUGGGAAUAUUUUAGAAUAUUCUGCCUACUUAGCAAUCCGUUCCACGCAAUUGCAGGAAAAUCCAAGUCAGCUUGUCUUUAUGAGAAUAUACUGUGGUCUUAAAACGUCAUGUAUAGUGACUGCUGCCCAGCUUUCUAAUGCUCAUGUUGAUUACACUUCCCGACCUGCAAUAGUGUUCAGAAUCUCAGCAAAGAAUGAGAGAGGAUAUGGACCAGCCACACAAGUUCGAUGGCUUCAAGAUAUGAAAACAUCAAGCUCAAAGUAGAAACAACAUAUAAAUCUCAAGUGUUGAAUGUAGUGUUUAAUGUAACUCUUGUACUAUUUGUAAAUGCUACAAAUAUUUUAUUUUUGCAUUGUUUUUAUCUUUAAAAAUAUAUAACCUUUUUUACGUUUGAAACAUGAGCGUUAUACAGCCUUGCUCAGGUAUGAGUACCAUAUAGAAACUAUAUUGAAGAUGGUGAGGAGGAGGACCCUACGCUAUCCAGUACUCUUUUUUGGUAGUGAUAGAUAAAUUGUAAAAAGAGACACAGUUUCAAAGUAAAAAUAAAUAAAUGAUUGGCACAUGCAGUAGUAUUUGAGGUAGAGUUCCCAUGAUUGCUCCAGACCUUGCAUAGAUAAUUAAUGAGAUUUGGUAUAUCAGCAAAUUCUGUUUGGUUUCAGUUCAUUUUACCACAUUCUUCAUUCUGGUGCCUGAGUACAAGGCAAAAAUUUCCAGUUAUUAUAUAGUAACUUUAAAUGUAUAAAUAUUUUAAUAUAUAAUUUUUUUGUAAA